AUUAAGCAAUUAAAAGAAAUUAAAAGAGUUUAUUUUUUGCUAGUAAUAAUAAUUAAUUGUUAUUUUUUAAAAAUAUAUUACCAUCUAUCUAUUAUAUUUUCAAAUGUCUUUUAAGAAAAGAAGUGAGAGUCAUUCAGAACUUAUCGAUCCUCAAUUAGAAGAGUCAAUAGAGAACUCAAAAUUUUACAAUUACAUUAAAGAAAAUAAACUUGACUUGCCUCUUAUUAAAGAAAUUGAUAAAUAUAAAAUACCUUAUUGCUACUAAGAUGCAAUCAACCAUAGAGCUGCGACAAAGAUUGGAAUUGCAAUAUAAAAUACAGCAAAGAUAUGCAAAUGCUGUUCAAAGCCUAUAGAAAAAAAUAGGAAACCAUGGUAUAAAUGGGAAAUUAAAGAUAUGCUUUUUCUGGGAGCAGGCUAUCCCUUAUAUUUUAGUUAUCUUAUACUUAUGAUAAAGUUAUAUGGCUUUAUAUUUGCUUUGAAUAUAAUUUCUACUUAUUUUAAUUAUGUUGAUAACAGAUGUGAAAUUAGUACAUAUUGUACAGAAACUAAAUCUACAAAAAUAUCUUAUGGAAAUCGAAAUUAUUCUACAAACUAGUAUAAAGGAUUUUUACUUGAAAUGCUGAAUCUUUUGACCAUAAUUAUAUUCAUAAUGUUUAUUGAAAAAUAGUAUAUCAUAAUUUAAACGAAAAUCAAAUAAGCUUAAACUUAAUCUUCUUGUCCUAGUAACUAUACUAUUAAAAUAAAUAACAUUUAAUGGGAUUUUAUGUAAUAUCCAAAUUUAGCAAAUUAUAUAAAAAGUGUAAUUAAACAGAUAGAUAUAAAAAAUAAGAAUGUAGAAGUUAGAUAAGUUAUAGUAUGCUAUAAAACAGAAAGAUUGAGGAAAUAUGAAAACAUGAUUGAAUAGCUAAUUUUAUAAAAGCAGGAAUAUAUGAGAAAAUAUAAAGACUAAAUAGAAUUCAAUAAUUUUAACUUCAACAAGGAAUAUAAAAUUAAAAGAGUCUUAAACAAGCUAAUCUAAUUUAAAGAAAAAUUAAAAGUUUAAAAUCAAUAAAGCAGUCAAAAUAUAAAAUGUUAAAAUAAAUAUUUUUCAGGAGCUGUAUUUGUUAUUUUUGAAAAACAAUAUGAAAAGUAGUAAGUAUCACAGAUGAAAAAAUAAUUUUUGGAAUAGCACGAAUGGUAUUUGGAGGAUGCUGAAUAACCAAACGAAAUAAUAUGGGAUAACUUAAACCUAAAUUACAAAGACCAUUUAAAUAGGAAAAAAAAAAUGAUUAUUUUUCUAUUUUUUAUUUUAAUGCUGGGUUUAUUAUUUAUUUACUUUGUUUACAAGUAACAAGAUAUAAUCUCAUAAAAAUUUGAGGGAAGUAUCAUUUAAAGCUAUGCAGUUUCAUCUAUUAUGUCUCUAUCUACACUAAUAGUUAACUUUGUCCUUUCAUUUUCCUUGUAAAAAACUACAGAAUUUCUCAAAUUCUAAAACAAAACUAUGAAAGCAACUUUCUACAUUUUUUUUAAUAGCUGCUUUUAGAUAAUUAACUAAACCUUAUUAUAGAUUAUUGUAUUUUCAAUUAUAAAUAAGAGCAGUUCUGUUUUCAAACAUUUAUUUUUCAGUGAAUUUGGACUUGUAAACACUUAGCUAACUACAUUCUUUUUUAGUAUUAUCAAUCCAAUUCAAAUUUUCUUGAUGGACAUAGAAUUUUAUAAAAAGAGAUUUAAAAAAAACAAAGAAAGCAGAAAAAAUAAGAGUGUAAAAACACAAAGUGAUCUUUAGAACAUUUAUGAGUUCCCUGAAUUCGAGCUUGAUAAAUUUUAUUCUGAAACACUUACAUCUAUUUUAGUCACUGCCUUUUAUUUACCUAUUGCUCCUAUUUAUUCUUUGAUUUUACUAAUCAAAAUGGUUCUUUACUAUAUUGUCACUAAAGUGAUGUUUUUCAAUAGAAGAAUAGUAAAGUUUAAUUUAGGUAAUGAAUUAGAUGAGAAGGUAUAGCAAUUUUUAUUAGCUAGUAUAUUUGUUUUUCAAUUUACAUGGACUUUUGCCUUUUAUCUUACUCAUUUCGACGCUGAAAGGUGGUGGGAAAUGCUACCUAAUAUCUUUGGAAUAAUAUCUAUAAUUGCCUAUUUCAUUAUAAAAUAUAAAAAGGUUUAGAAUUAAAAUUAAUUUUAAAAAAUGAUUGAAAAUCAAUAAAAAGCAGUAAAAAAUUACUCAGAAGAAAAAGAUUCUUUUUAAACUGAAUAUGGACGUGAGAAUCCUUUCACAGAAUUUUAAGAAAAAAAUGAAUUCUUUUUAUAAACUGAGCGUAAAAAUAGAAAAUAACAACCAAUAAUUAAAAACUUGAAUGAGAUAUUCACUUACAAGAAUAGACCAUAUCAUUUUGAAGACUCUAAAUACAUUUUGAAUAUAAAAAAUUAACCAUAUUUUUGUAAGGGUGUAAAUAAAUUAAUGCAUGAUAUUAAGUAAGCUUUAGAAUACAGCAAAGAUUUGCUUUAAGUAAAAAAAUCUGAUGGUAUUGAUUUCAUGUCUUAUGUUAAUAAAAAAAAUAGAUAAAUUAAAAAAAAACUAGUAAAAUGGGCUGAAAAAUAAUAAAAUUUACUUGAUUAAUAUCAAAGAAAAAAAUUUUGAAAUAUUAAAAAAUAUUAUUUAUUUCUUCUUCUAUAUCUUUUAUUUAAGUAGAAAGCGCUAACAAAAAAAGUAAAAGUAAAUAUAGUAAAUCUUUUUAUCUUAAUUUAUAUUAGAGUAAAUUGUUUUUUAA